UGGGACUAAAAUACCUUCCUAUCCAGCAAGUCUGAUGGUAUUGAACGGCAGGAACGUGGGUAUUUCGGUAAUAUGGGAUGCCAUUUCGCAACCUGCUCCACUACAAGUGCCAGAAAGUCUGGAAAUAGCCCUUCGCAACAGCCAACUAGUGGGAGACCCGUGAGCAAAAUAGUACUCGUUUGGACAAACAAAGGCUAGAUAAAAUUCCCUUGUCCCUUUGAUUCGUAUCUCUCUUUUGCAAUAGAGCCUUCAUGGUAGAAAGAUCAAGCUGUUCAAUUUCAAAAGUCCAAAAUAAAAUAAAAUUACUGCCACCUUUUUUAGCUGAAGUUGAGUCCCAAAGACAUGAAGAAUCAGCUCUCUUCCAAUGAUGAAGAUGAGUGCCAAUUGUCAAGACUGGGCUACUGUUGGUGGAGAUCGGCAGCAAAGUUCGAUGAAUGUGUCAGGCUUAAGCUUGACCUCCCUCACAUCGCAAGCCUUACACCAAGACUCAGAGUUCUUAAAGAGUUGGAGAGACUGGCUUUGAUUGCUCAUGAAGGACUCAAUGAGCUCAGAUACAAGCUACAAAUGUAUCGUUCAGGUGAUUUCUGGGUGCCCACAGGAGGUCUCAAGAAGGAAGAGAUGGACAUUCCACCAGUAAUUACUAUUCUCUUGGUGGGUUUCUCUGGCUCUGGCAAGAGCUCACUUCUGAACCUUAUGUACAGUGUUUUUGGUCGGUCUGGACUCAUACCUUUUGCUCGAACUUCAUCUGGCGGUGCUACCAAAUACACCACCAUGUACAUGGAAGAGCACAAUGUAAUGAGAUCAAUGCAAGGUGGGUUUUGUGUGUACGAUUCUAGGGGGUUUAAUUAUGGUAAAAUUGGUGAUGCUCUUGAGGAAUUGUCAAGUUGGAUGAGUGAUGGGAUUCACCAUAACCAGCUGUGCCUGAGAUCAGGUGAUGAUGUAUUGCUGGAAGCCGACACAGAAACUAUUGGUUUGAGGUCAUCUUCAAAGUUCGUACAAAGGACAGUAAAUAUUCCAAUGGUGGUGGUUAACAUAGCAGAGGUCCAUAAAGCCUCAAAAGCUAGUGAUUCGAAGCCAUUAGAAGCCACAAGAGAACUCUUCCACUCCCCUGCUUUGAGAAAAUGCAACGAGAAUCCUAUCUUGAUCCUGACACAUGGUGACUUGUUGACAACCGAAGAGAGGAUCGACAUCAGGCUCAGAUUAUGCGAGCGUCUAGGAAUAUCAGAGACGAAUGGAGUGUAUGACAUUGUUUGCCUCACAGAAUAUGGAUUUCUCGCGGAAGAAUCUGAUCCUGUUUCAGCGUAUGCCUUAGCUGAAGCUGUAUACCGGGCAUUGCUCAUCUCAGACAGGGGGCAUUUUCCAAAGAAAAACCUCCAGGACUGGGCAGUGUUCGUAUUGUCAUGGUUAAUGUUCUUCAUGGGUGCUCUCUUCUCCUUCCUUGCUGAUCUUUGCUCAAAACUUGGACAAAGGGAUAGGUUGAAGCACUGAAAGCAAGAAGCGUCUAAUUUGCUCGAUCUGUUGUGUAUCACUAACUGGUACAGAUUUUAUUUUAUUUUAUUUUGCAC